UUUUGAACUGCCGUUAUGGGAGACAUAGAGUCUCCCGAUUCGACCAGUUCUCGCCAGGCUGGCAUAUCAGCUCUCCUCCCAGACAAAGCUUUCGUCACCUCAAGAAGAGGAUUGCUCCUUACAGCUGAAGUGGCUCUGUCCUUCAUCAUCUUCAUCUGCUUUGUGGCAUCAACAGCCGCAGCCUUUGUGACAGCCCCGCUGAUCGAGUUCCUCCUGGCCCUUUUUCUGCUCUUUGCCUACUCCACCAAGUUUAAUGAACGCUUCAAGAGCUUCCACUGGCCUCUGAUGGAUUUUCUACGUUGUGUCAGUGCUUCAAUUAUAUAUUUUGUUAUUUCCAUAAUCUCAGUCUCCAAGUAUAAAGAUGGGGCUUCUAAGGCAGGUGGGGUAUUUGGAUUCAUAGCCACCAUAGUUUUUGCGUUACAUUUCUAUGUUAUCUUUAAUGAGCUGGCUAAUUUUCUGAAGCAAGGUGAUUCCCCAGAGCAGCCCCGUGCAGAUGAAGAUUCGGAUUCGGAUUCGGAUUAAACUCCAUCUAUUACUGCCCCCCCCCACCUCCUGCUUUCCAAUAAAAUCCCCAAGACGCAGCUCAAUUAGAACGAUCCUGGCAAAGUCGUGAUCCAGAAACAGAUCCACGAGGAAAUCAGUAAGCUUGUCCAAACAAGUUUCAUCCUACGAGUGCCACAGGGGCUUAUGAAAUCUAUUUUAAGUUCCUGCCACUGGUACUUGCUACAGUUUAACAUUUUACAACAGGGCACAUUAAUACAUAUGGUAUAGAGCACCAUUUCUCUUGUGAUGGGUAGUUAAAGAUGGGAUAUAAUAAAACGUUUUUGUUUAUUGUCAGUUCUUGAUUGGUAGCCUAUGUAAAAAAAAACACCUGAUCAAACACCUUUUACUGUAUUUUGCAUAUGCAACUUUGACCCAGUGCACUAGUCAAAGAACAGUUUGCUUUUCCAGUUAAAUAGGAUCAUGGACGAAGAGGAAAAAUUGAUUGUAUGCCAACCGCCCUGCUUUGAAACUGUGAAUCUGUUCCAGUAUGUAAUCAGUACUGUCAAGGUGUUUUUUUUUGGGGGGGUGGAAUAAAGUUGGAUGACACUAGUUUACAUAUUUUUAGAUAUUUGCCUUAAUCCAAAGGUAAUUCUACUUGAUUAAUAAUAGUAAUAGUCUACAGUUACAUAUUUGGGAGAUAUUUCACCAGGACUGAAUGUUUCAUAAAAUCAAGCCUUGGUAGAACUAAUUUACUAAGUUAAUUAAAUAACCUUUACUUAUGAAUGUUAGGCAAUCAUGGUUAUCCAAUUAUGUUUUUCGGCACAUGAAUGAUAGAUUGUAUAUAAAAAUACAUUUACCACAGUGAAAAGUGUCCAAAAACAUUGUUGGCCAGAUAUAUAAACCAAACUCUUUUGUUAACUAAUGUGUUUACAAUUAAAUAUAUCCUUCUUAUAUUUGUAUAAGAUGUGUAAUAGGUUUCAAACAUAUUGAUAAACCACCAGCAUUGUAUAGUGAUUAAAGUACUUGUUAAACUAUAGAACCCAACAUAAAAUUCAGUCUAUAAUAAGGGAUACGACUUUGUUGUUGGAUCAAGCCAAUAAGCUAUGUAGUGUUAUUCUGAUUAUUAACUGACUUACUAAAGUCAACUUUGAGGAAAAAAAUGUUUUGCAGUUGGUUUGCUGGCUUCACCAUCUGCUGUAUAGAAAGACUGGAACUGAAUCCAGGACUCAGUUUUUGUCAAACUUGGUAGGCAUGAUUUUUAUGACAAUAUAUUUGCAUUUUAUAACUCAUGAAAGUAACGGUCAUGCUUUCAAGCUUGUGAUUAAUCGUUUCUCCAGUUAUUCAGUACUUAAUACUUCGUUUUUUUAAAGAAACAGCUGCCUUCCACUUGGUGCCUUAAUCUGCCUUUUAUACUAUCUGAAGCACUUUCAGGGUUUUGUAAAUGUUGUUUUAUAUAGUUUUGAAUGUUUGUAAGAGACUAUUUUUUUCUCUGUGGGAAAAGUACCACUAAUGUUUGCAAAGAAAUGCCACUUCCCAAAAAUGCAGUUAAUAUUAGAUUUAGAUAUUAGAUUGUUUAGAAAAUGUCAGAAUUAUCAUUUAACUGCAUUUUAUUCACCUAUCUGUUACCUGUGAUCUAGAACUGGGGUAUCCAGCCUUUUUUUGAACUGAGGAUCUCUUUUCAAGUGUUCCCCCUCAGUAAAGACCAGAACUUAAAAAGAAGUUACAUUUUUAUAACUAGUAAUAUAAAUGCACAACUGCAGCUCAAUGUAUCCACCAUGACUAAGAAGGCAAGAAUGAUUUGACACACUAAUUGACUUGAAAUGCAAAACAUCUUUGUUCCCAGAAUCCCCAUGGGGGUCACAGACACAUGGUUGAAAGCCCACAGUUUCAAGAAUAUCAAGGUUUUUCUCAUGCAAUUCAUCUACUGUAAUCUGGUAAAAAGUUGCAUGUUGUGGUUUUGGUUCAAGAGCCACAUCUUGCUGACUGUCACGGUGAAUUAUUUUGUGACCUGCUUGUAGAGUAGUUUUAGAGAGCCACUCAAAAAACUAAUGAAACUUUGUUCACAAUGCCAAAAAAUAAGUAAACAUUACUUAUAAUUUUUAUGAAAA